CACGGGCCGCGACCUUACGGCGGUGACGACCGCCGCGCGACAGCAGGACGGCCGCAAUGGGUCUGUUCUCAGAGCUGAAGCUGGCUGUGCCCUGGGGCCACAUCGCUGCCAAAGCCUGGGGCUCCCAGCACGCCCCCCCGGUUCUUUGCCUGCACGGCUGGCUGGACAAUGCCAACUCCUUUGACAGACUCAUCCCUCUUCUUCCGAAAGACUUUCAUUAUGUUGCCAUGGAUUUCGGGGGACAUGGGCUCUCGUCCCAUUACAGCCCCGGUCUCCCGUAUUACCAGGAAAACUUUGUGAGUGACAUCCGGAGAGUUGUAGCAGCCUUGAAGUGGAAGCGUUUCUCCAUCAUGGGCCAUAGUUUUGGUGGCGUGGUGGGCGGAAUGUUUUCCAGUAUCUUUCCCGAGAUGGUGGAUAAACUUAUCUUGCUGGACACAUUGCCAUUUGCCCUGGAUGCUAAAGGAGUAGAGGACGUGCUGACCUACAGGCGGGGAGCCAUAGAGCACAUGCUGCAGGUGGAGGCCUCCCAGAAACCCCGGCAGGUGGUCAGCCCAGAGGAGAUGCUGCAGAGGUUCCUGAAGAACAACAGUCACGUGAGUGAGGAGUGCGCGCGACUCCUCCUUCAGAGGGGAACCACUGAGGUGGCCACAGGUCUAAUAAUGAAUAGAGACCGGAGGAUGGCUUUGCCGGAGUACAGCAUGGAUUUCAUCAGCAGGGAGCUGUUUGUGCACUCCGCCAAAAAGCUGCAGGCCCACGUCCUGCUCCUCAAAGCAAUCCAAGGAUAUUAUAAUGUGAGGAGAGAGAACGACAGUGACAGGAACGUCAUGCUUUUUGUGAUGGACACGCUGAAAUCAGUCCUAAAGGAGCGGUUCCAGUACAUAGAAGUCCCGGACAACCAUUACGUCCACCUGAACCAACCCCAGAACGUGGCCGGUUUCAUCAGCGCCUUUCUGCUGAGCAAGGAGACAGCACCACAUGAGCUGUAGCCUGGGCCUGGGCCUUCGGAGACCUGGUACCCACCACUCGGCACCCGGAUCCCUAGUGCCAGGCCCCCCAGCCAGGCCCGGUGUGGUGGGGACAGGCCUCAUUGGUCUGAAGCCCAGCAGGUGCUGAGGCAGAGAAUCCUGGGCAGAAUUUGGGGGGGGACAGGGGGCAAGAUUCUUUUUAACAUUUGUGACUUCAAGGGGGAGACCGUGUUUGGAUUUGGGGGCAUUGUCUGUUUCGUGGCUGAUGAUCUGCAGAGAGCGGGUAGCAGAUGGAGGGAGGAGAGGCCAGGUGACU